AUGGAUCACCACUGUCCAUGGGUCAACAACUGUGUCGGAGAGGGAAACCAGAAAUAUUUCGUCCUUUUCACCGAAAAAUUUUUUUCAUUUGACAGGAAAAAUUCUUUUUUGCAGAUGUAUAUAGGAUUGUUAUCCUCGCAUGCCCUGUACUGGGCUAUCUGGCAGUUUGUUCUCUGCGUUGGCGGCGACUGGCACGAUUGCUCGCUCUUCGGCCCACCGGUCACCACUGUUCUGCUCAUUUUUUUGCUCUUCGAAGCAAUCCUUUUCGCAAUAUUCACAUUUGUGAUGUUUGGCACGCAGCUGAACUCCAUUUGCACCGAUCAAACAGGCAUCGAAUCGCUCAAAAACGAGCAGUACAGCACGGGACCGGAUGGUUGGAAAAACAUGCAGAUGAUUUUUGGUGGCCCGUUCUCACUGCAUUGGUUUAAUCCAUUUGCAGCACCGUUUAUCAGCAAACCAACCUUCGAAUAUUCGGUUUAA